GAGAGCCUGCAAAAUACACAAGCUGCACUUUGAAUAGUUGGGGGGAGAUAUGAAAAUUUAAGAUUAUAUUUGUAAUAUUCUGGAAGAUUAGGAAGAAAGCGCAUUGCAAGGAACGUUGAUGUGGUGAUAUAUUUUGAGAUUUAACGCUGUUAUUUAUAAAGAUAAGAAAAAAUGAUGAAGGCAUCGACAAGAAGUAAUGGAAAGACUGCAGUCAGCAGGAGCCGAUUGCCUUUACCACAGAAAGCUUCUAAAAAAGCAGCCUCCACUCCUGGAUCUUGUCACAAGGCACGCCCUGCCCCAAACUUUAAUAAGCUUCACAAGGACUGGCAGGACAGGUUUGAGAUGGGGAAAAUGUCUGCGAAGAAACCGUGCACUAAGGUACAAGAAUUUGAGGUGACGCGCCCAGGGACAAAAUUUACACAUGACAAUGUUGACUCCGACGGAGAGAGUCUGCCAGAUUUUGAGGCUGACCAGCUUGCCCUUGAGUCAAUCUUAAAUGAACGUGGUGUUGGACAGAAUCGGGUCACAGGUCGAUCCACCAUCGCCACAGACAAGCCUAGUACUGGUAAGAUGAAGCGAAGUCGGAGUGCCCACAGUUUAGGAAAGAGGAGAGUUUUCGGAGAGUUAGCAUGUGACCCUGAGCAAAAACGAAAUGGCCGCCGCCGGAGCAGAAGCGCUAAAAAAGCGCUCGAGUUUACAAAGGAGAUUCAGAAAGCAGAAGACGAGUUUCAGCGGGAUGACCAAGCCAUGGAAAGUAUCCUCAAUGAAACUGGAAUAUCUGUGACUGGCAACAAGGAACAGGGACGGUUCACUUACGCCGGCCAAGGACCCAACGCAGGGACAACACAGCAGACACGACCCUCCCUCUACUACGUCCCACAGACAGACAGAAUGUCCAUGGUGAAAGCUAUGACAGAUUACCACAACCUUUUACUGUCCAGGCUGGACUCUAAGAGUACUAAACUACAGCUUCCUACUGAUGAGUCAGUGAACAAUAUCCUGGACAAGUACAACAUGAGUCAACAGAGAUCCAGGGUGAUCGAGUCUCCAUUUGGACAGAUGGUAGCGACUCCAAUUAGAAACUCCAUCUACAAGUCGUACCAGAUCCAGUCCAAUCUAUGCAGUCCCAAACCCAGUGUUCCUGCAGAAAAGGAGGAAAUGGUCGAUAUAAAUGCCCGCACGCCUAAGAGGAUGUUAACGAGAGAGGCAGCAGGCAGUUCUAGGAGAGCACCCUACAGCUGUAAAUCAUCGUCAAAGAAAAAUGUGAAAUGGGCAGACAUUUUGAAAGAGGAAGAUAGUUGUGAUGCACCUGUUGCCUUUAAAAAGGAGAAAGUGAGCAAAAAGUCGUUGUUUCAGCCGCUGUCAGUCAAUGAAACCUUUGUGGACGACUACAAGGAGAACUCGGCGCCCAGGGUCGGGGAGGCCAGGCCCGGGGGGAGGGGACACAGUGACAGGAGAGACCAUGCUAAUGGUGAUGAUGCAACCACUGCUCUCCAGCAUUACAGUGGUACGGCUGCUGGCGAUGAAUCAUCAGCCGCCACCGAAUCAUUUCCUUCAUCUGUGGCAGAGCUGGCAGUGUUGUCUAUGAGUCAUCCUGCCAGGCUCUGUACCAGCCAGGCUAGUACAGCACCGCGCACACGACACCCCACCCAGGCAUGCUCCACGGGGCAUGGAGACACUAACGCACACCUUGCACCCCCACCCCCCAGCCACGCCCUGCUCACCACCCCCGGGACUACACCAAACCAGGAUUUCUACCAAACGUCCACCUAUGGAAGCCAGAAUGUCAAAGGUUUGGUCAAGGUACCAAGUGCGGUGCCGUGCAUCCCCGUAAACCCCCACCCAGGCACCACGGCAUGGACAAAACACGGAGUCAGCACCGCCAACACUAACCACCAUCGGCUUCAGGCUGUUGGAGAACAGGAAGCCCUAUUGGAAAGUAAGAUUGGACAGAGAGAAAUGGCAAUGCACACGGACGAAACGGAGGAAGGACAGACACCCCAGCAAGGUGAAACUACGGCGUCAGACCAUGUUACCAGGGCAACGGACGCACGCGACAGAGUCAGUAGGUUUGUGGGUCAUGUGAAACGUACACGCAAAAGACAGAGUAUUGCAGAGCUAAACGAGAGUAUCUCCGAGUCUCACAUUCACCUACAGAGGCUUGAAGGGGAGAUAACUCGGUUACAACAUGAUAACCAAGGGGAGAUAAGUGAGCUCCAACAUGACUGUAACCAAGGAAAUACACAGACAGAGACUACAAACAUUAUAUACCACCUGGAAAUGAUACGGAAACAACAGGAACAGUUGAUGUUACUGGAACAGCAACUCCAGGAAGAGCUGACCUUACAGGCCCAGACACACGGUCAAGGUCAAUGUGUAAGUCAAGGUCGAACCAAUUCUGAGUGUGAUUCCCUGAAUGGAAAUAAUGCAUCACAGACUAGUGUGGCCAGGUCUAGUGUUCCUGUGUGUGAAACAAUGGUGUACAGUGGUAUUGAGAAUAACAAUGUGAUUGUAAACUCUGCUGAUGUCCCUGUGUCUGUGACCUCACAGUACACGCAGAGAAACUGUGAUACAACCAACCUAUCCUCAAGUAAACAUAUGCUGGCCCCGAACAUGGACACAUGGGUGUCCCCAAUGUGGACUCCACAGGGCACCCGAGGUCACCAAGCCCCUCCAUCACAAACAGAAAUGACCACAGUGAGUGUUUGUAGUACGACUCCUUCUGUACGCGAAAGUGAUGUUGAGCUUCCCUGCCCAAUAGAUCUGUCUCGUCGGAGUCCUAUGUUUGCCAGGUCAGCUGUGAGUGACCUGCCAAACCAGAGUGAGGCUUUUGACAACUCAUCGAUGUGUCAGUCUCCGUACCGGAAAUCCUUCUGUCCCACCACACCAAGUAUAGGCAACACCAACUCGGCCUUUACAUCUGUCAGUGGGUCGCCACUAGGUCUCGGCAGUCCCUUCAGGUCACUGUCCCUCAAGGCCACUGUCAUGUCUAGCCCUGCACGGUCCAGCCCUCUACGUAUGAUGCGAAGAGACGAGGAGAGUUUACUACGUAUGGUCAGUGUUCGAACCAAUGAGCGCUACCUUGAGGCUUUGCUGGACGAAGAGUGUGCCCUGUACGCGUAUCGACUCCAGACACUUCGUACUGAGGAGGACAAUCGAAUGGACAUCACCAACCCGGUGGCCAGAGUCCUGUCUGAGGGAGACGAUAUGCAUUUUGUGCCAAUCACGGAGGAAGGUCCCCACUCUAUCGGCCUGAGGGAGAACUCAGCAUUCUGUUGUUAUGCCCGUUGAGGAGGAAGAACUGUAAUCUAGAACAGAAUUAGCAUGGAAGUAUGGAGGAUGAAGUGGCGAAGAGAGACAUCACAACCAUCGUAACAGCAUGGAUGGAGUUGACUUGCCAUAAAGGGUUACUCAUCAAAACCCAGAUAACACCAUGGAUGGAGUUGACUUGCCAUAAAGGGUUACUCAUCAAAACCCAGAUAACACCAUGGAUGGAGUUGACUUGCCAUAAAGGGUUACUCAUCAAAACCCAGAUAACACCAUGGAUGGAGUUGACUUGCCAUAAAGGGUUACUCAUUAAAACCCAGAUAACACCAUGGAUGGAGUUGACUUGCCAUAAAGGGUUGCUCAUCAAAACCCAGAUAACACCAUUGAUGGAGUUGACUUGCCAUAAAGGGUUGCUCAUCAAAACCCUGAUAAGAUCACAUGUCAGAUCCUUAGUUUAGAGACAGCCUCCAGUAAGGUUUCAUAUUGCUGAAAAUGGCAAAAUAAUUGAUGCUGUGAUUUCCAACAUUGGAAGUGUUUCCAAUGGGCAAAGUCCCUGUCCAUGGCCAGCACUAUAUUCACACUGUUUUAUGAUAAACUUAUUUUUACAGGAUCUUGUUUUGGAGUGAAGUCUAGUUUUCUUGAUCAGGAUAUGCGAUAAAAUUUGGUGGAGAAAUAUACAAGUCUAUGUCUGAUUUGUCAGAGUGUGUUACAACGUUUCUAUGGAGAUAUUACAACACAUUGUCAGCAAUAUUGGUGUUUGGCGAGGAGUUGCAACUACAAACCAAUCAGGUUAUCAACAAACAAUGCAAAUUGUGGCAGGAUUGUGAUUUUAAACGACAUCAACAUCACAAAUUAAGUGUUUUAAUUCACAGGAUCGACAUUUUAUUUCAUCAGAUCAAUAUUUUAAUUCAUUAUGGUAUCAACAUUAAUCAAUGGCAUACAUAUAUAUGUAGUAUUAAUGCUUCACUGUUUACAUUUAUAUGUAUAUGCAAAUAAACAGACUUCAAUUUGUGAAUGAAACAGCCAAAUACGGUCAAGAGUUGACUGUUUAACCAGAGUGAAUACAGAUCUGCAGUGAUUGUGAUUUCAAGAUGGAUACACGGGUGUGGAAUUCGGAUACGUUCUUUGUUGUGGUCAUGGAAAUGUUAACGGUUAUCAGUUGGUUGACUUACAUACCUCAUUAUAAAUACUGAAUGUUUUUACCCCAAGUUAUCUCCCUUGUCAAUUAUCUCCCCUUGUCAAUAUAUUGCCCUUUGGUUUAAAUGUACACAUGUUACAUCCAAUAUUCAGACAGAUCUAACAAAUAGUUGAGCUCACUUUCCACAUGUCAUAACAGAGAAGUGGUUCACUCCUAGGGUGGACAUUUCAAUUUGUAGCAAUUAAAGGAAUAUUACUGUUGUACAGGUUAAUGUCAACAGCAACUCUGUCUCCACCCCAAUGUCAUUACUGAUGUUAAUGUCUCCACCCCAAUGUCAUUACCUAUGUUAAUGUCUCAACCCCAAUGUCAUUACCAAUGUCCCAGUUUUACUCAUCACCAUUUCCAGUGACCACAUGUAUCACCCCACCCUCAUUGACACAUGUAUCAUCCCACCCUCAUUGACACAUGUAUCAUCCAACCCUCAUUGACACAUGUAUCAUCCCACCCUCAUUGACACAUGUAUCACCCCACAGCAAUUGUACACAUGUAUUACCCCACCCUCAUUGACAGAUGAAUUACCCCACAGCAAUUGUACACAUGUAUUACCCAACCCUCAUUGACACAUGUAUCACCCCACCCUCAUUGACACAUGUAUCAACCCACCCUCAUUGACACAUGUAUCAUCCCACCAUCAUUGACACAUGUAUCAUCCCAACAUCAUUGACACAUGUAUCACCCCACCCCCAUUGACACAUGUAUCACCCAACCCUCAUUGACACAUGUAUUACCCCACCCUCAUUGACACAUGUAUCAUCCCACACUCAUUGACACAUGUAUCAUCCCACCCUCAUUGACACAUGUAUUACCCCACCCUCAUUGACACAUGUAUCACCCCACCCUCAUUGACACAUGUAUCACCCCACCCUCAUUGACACAUGUAUCAUCCCACCCUCAUUGACACAUGUAUCAUCCCACCCUCAUUGACACAUGUGUCAUCCCACCCUCAUUGACACAUGUAUCACCCCACCCUCAUUGACACAUGUAUCACCCAACCCUCAUUGACACAUGUAUCACCCCACCCUCAUUGACACAU